AUGGAAUCAACAAAUUCUAUUUAUAAAUAUAUUUCAUUUAAUGAAAAAAAAGGUGUAAUUAAAUAUCAAUUUAAAAAAUUUGAUGAUAAUGAACUAAACUAUGAUGAAUUUAUCAGGCUUUUAGAUUCAGAAAAUGAACAUUUUUUCAAAGAAUUCACAGAAGCAUUAAAUGAUGCAACAAAUAAAUUAACUACAUACUUUUGGGAGUGUCCUUAUAUAACCAAAGAAACAAAAAAUAAACAAUUUGAAUUUGUGGUAACUAAAUGUCCGGAAUUAAAAUUUAUUAGUCAAGAUUAUUCAAGCUUUGAAGAACAUAUCAAUAAGAAUGAUAACAGUUAUGUUUGUAGUUUUUCUAGUUUAGGAAAAGAUGCUACUUUAAUCAUUCCUGUUCCUCAAGAAGGUCUUGAUUAUAAAAAUCUUAGCAAUUUUACAAAAAAUGCCCCAAAAGAACAACAAAUUAAAUUUUGGAAGGAAGUGGUUAAUAAACUAGAUGAAGGUUUAGAAAUUGACACUCCUCAAUGGUUAUCCACCAGUGGUUUAGGAGUUCAUUAUUUACAUGUAAGAAUUGACC